AGUAGUAGUAGUAGUAGUAGUAGUAGUAGUAGUAGUAGUAGUAGUAGUAGUAGUAGUAGUAGUAGUAGUAGUAGUAGUAGUAGUAGUAGUAGUAGUAGUAGUAGUAGUAGUAGUAGUAGUAGUAGUAGUAGUAGUAGUAGUAGUAGUAGUAGUAGUAGUAGUAGUAGUAGUAGUAGUAGUAGUAGUAGUAGUAGUAGUAGUAGUAGUAGUAGUAGUAGUAGUAGUAGUAGUAGUAGUAGUAGUAGUAGUAGUAGUAGUAGUAGUAGUAGUAGUAGUAGUAGUAGUAGUAGUAGUAGUAGUAGUAGUAGUAGUAGUAGUAGUAGUAGUAGUAGUAGUAGUAGUAGUAGUAGUAGUAGUAGUAGUAGUAGUAGUAGUAGUAGUAGUAGUAGUAGUAGUAGUAGUAGUAGUAGUAGUAGUAGUAGUAGUAGUAGUAGUAGUAGUAGUAGUAGUAGUAGUAGUAGUAGUAGUAGUAGUAGUAGUAGUAGUAGUAGUAGUAGUAGUAGUAGUAGUAGUAGUAGUAGUAGUAGUAGUAGUAGUAGUAGUAGUAGUAGUAGUAGUAGUAGUAGUAGUAGUAGUAGUAGUAGUAGUAGUAGUAGUAGUAGUAGUAGUAGUAGUAGUAGUAGUAGUAGUAGUAGUAGUAGUAGUAGUAGUAGUAGUAGUAGUAGUAGUAGUAGUAGUAGUAGUAGUAGUAGUAGUAGUAGUAGUAGUAGUAGUAGUAGUAGUAGUAGUAGUAGUAGUAGUAGUAGUAGUAGUAGUAGUAGUAGUAGUAGUAGUAGUAGUAGUAGUAGUAGUAGUAGUAGUAGUAGUAGUAGUAGUAGUAGUAGUAGUAGUAGUAGUAGUAGUAGUAGUAGUAGUAGUAGUAGUAGUAGUAGUAGUAGUAGUAGUAGUAGUAGUAGUAGUAGUAGUAGUAGUAGUAGUAGUAGUAGUAGUAGUAGUAGUAGUAGUAGUAGUAGUAGUAGUAGUAGUAGUAGUAGUAGUAGUAGUAGUAGUAGUAGUAGUAGUAGUAGUAGUAGUAGUAGUAGUAGUAGUAGUAGUAGUAGUAGUAGUAGUAGUAGUAGUAGUAGUAGUAGUAGUAGUAGUAGUAGUAGUAGUAGUAGUAGUAGUAGUAGUAGUAGUAGUAGUAGUAGUAGUAGUAGUAGUAGUAGUAGUAGU